AAAAACGAUAUGAUCAGUCAAAAAGAAUGACAAAUUUAAUUACUACCUGGAUAAGUCAAUCUAAUUCUCGUCAACGUUCGGGCAGAGCCGGUCGUGUUCGUAAAGGCGAAUACUAUGUGAUGAUGACACGUGCUCGAUAUCAAAUUCUUGAAGGCUACUCUACUCCCGAGAUGCUGCGAUCUGAUUUGCAAGAGAUUUGUCUGCAUAUUAAAGCACUUGGUCUUCCGGCAACGAUUGGCGACGUUCUUUCACAAGCUAUUCAACCUCCAGAUCAAGCUAGUGUUUUUUGCUGCUCUAGAGAAUUUGAAAAUCUAACUUCUUUAGGGAAGGUGCUGGCUACACUUCCUAUGGAGCCAGGCUUGGAUCCAAUUUUAACAAUUGGCGCAUCUAUGGCUUCAAAGAAUCCAUUUUUGUCUCCGCCUUAUGCUAAAGACCUUGCUGAUGAGAUUAGAUUUUAUUGGUCACAAGGAUUAGCAUGUGAUCACUUUGCGGUUUUAAAUGUUUAUAAAGCUUGGUAUGAAAUUCAUUCAUCAGGUGCUUUACAAGCUGCUAAUAAAUUUUGUUCCGAUAACCUAUUAAGCAGGCCAUGCUUGCAAACUAUUGAACAAAUCAAACUCCAAUUAUUAAGUCUCCUGGAACGUGCUGGAGUUGUGCCAACAUAUUACCCUAAACGGGAUCAUAAUCAUCAUCAUCGUUACUUGGCGUUAGGACCACCAGAGUAUAAUUUGAACUCUAAUUGUAUUCCACUCCUUCGUGCAUUAAUUUGUGCUGGAGUGUAUCCUAACAUUGCAUUAAAGACUUCGAAAAAAACAUUUCGAACUAGACACGAAAAUGCAACCUUCAUUCAUCCAGCUUCUGUGAAUUAUAAAGAGCGAGCAGCAAAAUUAGCAGCGACCAUGAAGAAUAGCCAUAACUUGAAACGAGGCAAUGAAAUUGAUGAAAAUUUAAUUGCGCCUAUAGGCACACUUUAUGCGUAUUCGUCCAAGGUUAAGACUAGUGGGCAACAAGUAUUUCUUAGAAGUACAACACGCAUCGAUCCAUUAUCAACAAUACUCUUCGGUGGUGAAAUUCGAACAAGUAGUCAAUCAAAUAAUUUCUUAAUCGUUGAUGAUUGGUUACAAUUUAUUGGUGAAAAUAGUUCUUUUGCAUUGGUGAAUAAAUUAAAAAUACUUUUAGAUCGGUGUUUAACGCGAAUAUAUGAAAAAUUGGAGGUAACUCAAUUGAAUGGAAACAAUAUGCCUCAACAUACAGCGGAGAAUAAAUCUGAUGAUAUUGAUAAACAGAUUAAAGUAAUUCUUGUUCGGGGAAUUGUUGAAGUCUUGGAGAAUUCAGAUCGUGAUUUAAUCAAAAAACAGCAAAAUGGGAAUUACAACAGAUCAC